AUGUCAUUUCAGAAGAAACAUACCAAGACUCAUUCCACAUAUGCGUUCGAGAGUAACACUAACAGUGUUGCGGCGUCCCAGAUGAGAAACGCGCUUAACAAGUUGGCAGACUCUGUUAAGGAUAAUGAUGAAUUGCGCAAUAGGUUUGAGAAUGAGCUGGAUUCGUUUUUCUCGCUGUUCAGGAGGUACUUGGUCGAAAAAUCAUCUGGGAACACGCUUGAUUGGGAGAAGAUCAAGUCGCCUUCCGAGGAGCAAGUGAUUCCAUACAAAGCCUUGGCAGAACACCAGCCCGAGAGUGUCAGCAAUCUGUCCAAGCUGGCGGUCCUGAAGCUCAAUGGUGGUCUCGGUACGUCCAUGGGUUGUGUUGGUCCCAAGUCUGUGAUCGAGGUUAGGGAGGGUAACACUUUUCUUGAUCUCUCUGUGAGACAGAUCGAGUACUUGAAUAGACAGUAUGACAGUGAUGUUCCACUGCUGUUGAUGAACUCUUUCAACACCGAUAAGGACACCGAGCAUCUGAUCAAGAAAUAUUCCGCCAACAGGAUCAGAAUUAGGUCUUUUAAUCAAUCGAGAUACCCCCGUGUUUUUAAGGAUUCGCUGUUACCUGUUCCUUCACAUUAUGACGAUCCCUUAGACUCGUGGUACCCACCGGGUCAUGGUGACUUGUUUGAAGCGCUGCAUGCUUCGGGUGAACUGGACGCAUUGAUUGCUCAGGGAAGAGAGAUCCUGUUCGUGUCAAACGGCGAUAAUUUAGGUGCCACUGUGGACUUGAAGAUCUUGAACCACAUGAUCGAGACCGGUGCUGAGUAUAUCAUGGAGUUGACCGACAAGACAAGGGCCGACGUGAAAGGUGGUACUCUGAUCUCUUACGAUGGCCAAGUUCGUUUGCUGGAAGUCGCUCAGGUGCCAAAGGAACACAUCGAUGAAUUCAAGAAUAUCAGAAAGUUUACCAACUUCAAUACUAACAACUUGUGGAUUAAUUUAAAGGCCGUUAAGAGACUGGUGGAAUCCACUGCGCUACAAAUGGAAAUAAUUCCAAACGGUAAGACCAUCAAGAGAAACGGUCAUGAGAUCAACGUCUUACAGCUGGAAACCGCAUGUGGUGCAGCAAUUAGACAUUUCAACGGAGCUCACGGUGUUGUUGUGCCAAGGUCCAGAUUCUUGCCCGUCAAGACCUGCUCAGAUUUAUUGUUGGUCAAAUCUGAUUUAUUCUUCCUGGAACACGGUGCUCUCAGGAUUGAUCCCUCUAGAUUCGGUCCAAACCCAUUGAUCAAGCUAGGUUCAGACUAUAAGAAAGUCUCCGACUUCAGUUUGAGGAUACCUCAUAUACCUAAGAUCGUUGAAUUGGACCAUUUGACUAUCACCGGUAACGUCUUCCUAGGAAAGAACGUCACGCUGAAAGGAACUGUCAUCAUCGUUUGUUCAGAUGGCCAAAAAAUUGACAUCCCUAACGGUUCCGUGCUGGAGAAUGUAGUCAUCACUGGUAACUUGCAAAUCCUAGAGCAUUAA